CCGCCUGCGUCAGUGUUUGGCUAACGAGAAGAACCUGAGAAAAAGCGAGAAAAUGAGCGGAGCCGGGAAGAAAAUCGUAGAUGUCGCCUUCAAGGCUUCGAGGACCAUCGAUUGGGAUGGAAUGGCCAAGCUUCUUGUCUCCGAUGAGGCUCGCAGGGAGUUCUCCAACCUCCGCCGUGCUUUCGAUGAAGUGAACUCCCAGCUUCAGACAAAGUUCAGUCAGGAACCUGAACCUAUUGACUGGGAUUUUUACAGAAAAGGGAUUGGAUCACGCAUAGUAGACAUGUACAAGGAAGCUUAUGAAAGCAUUGAGAUCCCCAAGUACGUCGACACUGUUACUCCAGAAUACAAGCCAAAGUUUGAUGCUUUGUUGGUGGAACUGAAAGAGGCAGAGGAGAAAUCCCUCAAGGAAUCUGAACGGCUGGAGAAAGAAAUAGCUGAUGUCCAAGAAUUGAAGCAAAAGCUGAGCACCAUGACGGCGGAUGAAUACUUUGCGAAGCAUCCGGAACUAAAGAAGAAGUUUGACGAUGAAAUCCGGAAUGACUACUGGGGAUACUGAUCAGAUUUCCAUGUGCCCGUCCGUACCUUCCAUCUUGGCUUCUUGGCUUUUUCUACUUACUCUGAUUUUGUGGCCUUACCUUAAUAAGAAUCAUCAUGAAACCGAAUUGACAGUUUCAUUGGGAUAAUGCACUUUCCUUGUCCAUUUGUUUCAGUCAUCAAAUUUUCACUAGUGAUUUCUUGUUUCUAA